GGGAGAUGCGUCCGCGGAUUUCUCCGCAUUGCCAGCGCAGGGCAAUAUUUCACUAGGAACGCCGCAAAAUGCACCUCGUCCACCACCCCCACCCUCAAGCACCCCUCCCUCCUGAAGGAAUGUUCGUUGUAUAAUUUUGCCCACGGAUUUUUUUGUUUUUUUUUUAUUUUUGCACGCACCGCUCGAGAGUGAAGGAUUCGCAGUGUGGAGUCGCCCUGUGCAGUGUCUGUCAGGCUGAGGGAGGGGGAAGGAAAGUCUUCCCCCUUUAAAUCGCGGCUCUUAAAGCGGCGCGAACUUUCCGCCGAGCCCAGUGGCGCUGGGUGGCCGAGAGCGGACAGCCGGUUCCCGUGCGGAGAGACACUGACAGACAGACAGACAGAGAGGGGUUGGGUUUGGCCGAGUUCUCCGCGGGGAUGCGGCGUAGCGGCGGCGACGGGGCGGACAGUUGCCCCGGCUCACCGUUUUGACACAUGAAGCUGCCCUGCGAAGCCGCUUGCUCCGGUCAGUGUCCCUCGGGCCCGCGGCCGGACUCGCCCCCGUGUACGGAGCUGGGAUCCCGUCACUGAGGCGAGAUGUCACCGUGACCCCCCCUCUCUCCAUCCCGCCCUUCCACCGUAACUUUUGGUUUUUGGAUGAUCGCAGACUUGGAUUCCAGGCCGUCAUGAUGUUCUCUCCGCUCUGCCUGACCCAGGAUGAAUUUCACCCAUUCAUUGAGGCACUGCUUCCGCAUGUCCGAGCAUUUGCCUACACGUGGUUCAACCUGCAAGCUCGGAAGCGAAAGUACUUCAAGAAGCACGAGAAGCGGAUGACAAAGGAUGAAGAAAGAGCAGUGAAAGACGAGCUGCUGAGUGAGAAAGCGGAGGUGAAACAGAAGUGGGCCUCAAGGCUGCUGGCGAAGCUGCGUAAGGACAUUCGUCCGGAGUACCGUGAGGAUUUUGUGCUGACAAUCACAGGGAAGAAGGCUCCCUGUUGUGUGCUCUCCAACCCGGACCAGAAAGGCAAAAUAAGGCGCAUAGAUUGUUUACGACAAGCGGAUAAAGUUUGGAGAUUGGAUCUGGUGAUGGUGAUCCUGUUUAAAGGGAUCCCUUUGGAAAGUACUGAUGGAGAGCGCCUGCUGAAGUCCCAGCAAUGUAGUCACCCAAUGCUGUGUGUGCAGCCCCAUCAUAUAAGUGUUUCAGUUAAGGAACUUGAUUUGUACUUGGCGUACUUUGUCCAAGAAAGAGAAUCGGAACAGAGUGGCAGCCCAAGGCCUGCUAUUGGCUCUGACGCUGAAGAUACCAAGACAGGAACAAUUGAACACACGGAUUUUCAAGAAAGUUUUGUGACUUCAGGUGUCUUCAAUGUGAAUGAGCUUGUGCAAGUAUCGAGAACCCCCAUCGUGACAGGAGCAGGACCGAACUUCUCUCUCGGAGAGUUACAAGGACACUUAGCCUACGAACUGAACCCACCAAGUACAGGCAUGAGGAGGACUCUGCCAAGCAGCUCAUCAAGUGGGAGUAAGAGGCAUAAGUCAGGUUCGAUGGAAGAUGAUAUUGACACUAGCCCAGGUGGAGAAUUCUAUCCCUCACCCACCUCCCCUGCGGGCAGCAGUAGGAACUGGCAAGAGGAGAUGGAAGGAGGUAUCUCCCCUACCGUGAAGAAGACUGAGAUGGACAAAUCUCCAUUUAACAGCCCUUCUCCACAGGACUCCUCUUCACGAUUGAGUAGCUUCACACAGCACCACCGUCCUGUUAUCGCAGUGCACAGCGGUCUUGCAUCGAGAAGUCCCCAUGCCUCUCCAUCUUUGCAUUUUCCAACAACUUCCAUCCUGCCCCAGACUGCGUCAAGCUAUUUCCCGCACACAACGAUCCGGUUCCCACCUCAUCUCAAUCCUCAGGACCCUCUCAAGGAUCUGGUCUCACUUGCCUGUGAUACGUCAAAUCAACAACCAGGCCCGCCAGGGAGGGAGGGCGAGAGAGUCACCGACUACUCCGUGACUUCAGUGACAGUGCCUCUUCGUGCUCAGAUGAGAGGACGCAUGCUACCGGCGGAGAGAGACACCCUGUGUCAGUUGUUCUACUCCCCGGGCCCUGGGGAGUGCUAUCCUCAUGUGAAGCUGAAUGGCAGCGGCCAAGUGGUGAGCAAAGUCCCGAGCCACUACAUUUCGACGUCGAUGCUAGCACCCCCUCCCCCUCCAUCCAUGGGCAGAUCGGUGACCCUGGCAAUGCCACCCGACACCAAGACAACCACAACAACCACAGAAGGUGCAGCAGCAUCACCAACCUCACCCACGUAUACGACACCUGGCACCCCCCCAGCUAACCGAUCCUUUGUGGGAAUAGGACCAAGAGAUCCUGGUAGCCUUUAUCAGCCACAGUCCUGGUAUCUGGGAUAGUCAAAGACCCCUCUCAAGUAUUACCGAAGCUGUGUAAUCGUGUUUCAAGGAACAUGAGUGAGCGUCGACUUUGGUUUCAAGUUUAAAACAGAGAGAAACAAGGGAGAAGGCUACUUAUAAGCUCGUCUUUAAAAGAAGAUGUCAAGUCAGAAACACUAUCAUCCUACCAACAUGUUCCGAAGAUGGGUGCAAUUCACUUCAUCCGUUGACUGAAGCUUAGCCUGAGGUGUCCCCGUCUCUUUUAUGCAAAAUAAGCCUUUAUAUUUCUUAAAAAUAAUUACAGAACAAAGUUUACUAAAUACGCUUUUGACAGGGUGGGAAAAUUAACCUUCAUCAGCUAAACAUAAUUCAUAACUGCAUUAUGGUUAUCUUUUGACUUUUUUUCCUUUUUAAAAGAACAAUUUACAGAAUUGACAGACAGCAUAAGCAUUUAGAAGCCACCUGAAGUAGAAAGUUCAAAUUUCAAAGUAAAUUUAUUAUCAAAGUACAAAUAUAUUACCAUAUACAACCCUGAAAUUCAUUUUCUUGCAGGCAUUCACAGUAGAACAAAGAAAUACAAUAGAAUCAAUGAAUACCAUACCCAUUCAGGUGCAGAAAUGCACAGAGAAUUAAUUGUACCUCUGUAUUGGAGUACCUGAGGACAGGUCUACUAAAAUACAAUCUCAGUUUAAGGUCAAUUCUUCCACUUUUUUUUACAAAACCAUCUUGAUUAUAAUUGUUGUGAUUUUUUGUUUUUAAACUAACUUUAUUAUUGUUUUAAUUACAACAAAGAUAUGCACUAAAGAAGCCUACACAUUGAAGGCCGUGACUUUAGUCUGGCUAAUCCAUAGCUCAACGUCAAGUUAACUUCCUGUGCUUCUGGCCAAACUAAACACGAGAAUUAUUUAUCUACUAUACUACACAAACAAAUGUGUUUAAUACUCUGGUGUAAGAUCAUUCCAUUGAUUUUGGGGUGCCAUGGUAGUGUAGCGGUUAGUGUGACAGGGGUCGGAGUUCAGAGUUCAGUCCCAAUGUCCUCUGUACAUCCUCCCCAUGAAAUGCGUGGGUUUCCUCCAAGUGCUCCAGUUUCCUCCCUCAGUCCAAAGACAUACCGGGUAGGUUAAUUGGUCAUUGUAAAUUGUCCUGUGAUUAGGUUAGGGUUAAAUCAAGGGGUAUUGCUAAGUGGAGCAGCCCAAAGGACCGGAAGGGCCUUUUCCGUGCUGAAUCUCUAAAAAAUACAAACUAACUAAAUUGCUGAAGCUGACACCGUUAAAAAUUGCUUUAAAGAAUUCUGUCAAACCUAGAUUGAAUGGCAGAUUAACCAGAGGUCUGGUUGUCUGGUCUCGAUCUAUCAGGUGGGACAUCAGAGAACAAUUUCUCUUCCACUGCAGUGAAUAAGCUAAUGACAAAAUUAAAUAUUUGCAGUGUUAGAAACAUCUUACACAGUAAUGAAUGAUUUAACUUACAUGAAACUUUAAACACAUUAUUUUUAUGAUUAUUUGUGAUAAACCACAAUGCAAAAUCAAGUCAGAUAAAUGCUUAUAGUUUUCAAUUCCAAUUUUCCCACCCUAAGCCUCAGUUACUUUUUUGCAUGCACCUAAUAUUACAGAUAUAGAAGCUCACCUACCAGAGCAGUAGAUUUACUGGUUUUAGUUUAUUUUUGCUUUUCACUAGCGCAUGGCCUAGUCCAUUAGGUACAUACAUAGGUUUUGGUGAUAGUUUUGGGAGACAUUGGCGGUUGCAUGUAGGGUGUGGAGGAAUUCUGGGAAUUCUCCAUAGGCCAUGUCAGUGCAAGGCCUCACACUACCACACAUCCUUCUCAGUCAUAGGGCCUGGUUCAUUCUUAAACAUACAACGGCUGCAAGCUCAAGAAUAUCAUUAGUAGGUUAUCUUUUGGGAGCAGGGUAAGCAAAAUGUUUCAAGAAUUGAUAUUAUGGGGGGAUUUUUUGUUUUUGUUUUAGUUCUAAAUGCCAUGUGUCAAUUCCUCAAUAUACACACUUUUCAGUGAUUAUCAGGAGAACAGGACCAGAUUUCAACAAUGUUGGAAGUAGUUUCAAAAUCAUACAUUGGCUGUAGCAUUCGAUCGGUGAUCAACUUUGAAUUGGUGGGGGGGAACUAAAAUGAUUGCUGCAUUUUAAAAGAACAAGUUAAUUGUUUUAACAGAGAAAGUAUAAUCUUUUGUAAAGAUUGAAGAGGCACGUGCAAUUGAAAGGAAACAAAUUUCUAACUUAGUGAUUCUUUUUAACUUGUCCUCGCACCCCAGGACUGUAAAACGGGGCAAAUUGUUGUCGCCAGGGAACCGUGGCAAAAAGUGCAACGAAACACCAUUCCCCUCCCCCCAUCCCUGAACCCCACAUCCCAAACACCCCCCACCCACCUUACAGAGGUGAACACAAAUGCCUUAGUAUGUUACGUGUUAUUUUAUUUUUUUAAGCGGAGGGUAGCCAGCUGCCCUCAUUAAAAAGGAAAGACUAGCACUUGUGCACACGAUAUCAUUUUCAUUAAACUGACACAUAUCGAAAGCAAUAUUUGGCAUAAUUUUCAGUCUUUGUUCACACUGAAAGCUUUUGACGAAAGAAGUUUGCACCUGAACAAAUUUCUAUCCAUGUAUGCUUAGUUUACCAGCUCAGGUACAGCCUUGCCUGAGCUACAUUGCUGGCAUCCAAAACCUCACAGUGUAAGCAGAAAAGUGAGGCAAACUCUAUAGACGUAUUUAUAGUAACAUUUUCUUUUUUCAUCAAAGGUGCUGAGUGAUGCAUGGUGCUUUGAUAGUAUACUUUGUGAUCCAGCAACACAAAAAACAAAUCCAGUCAGCUCUAUGCUGAAUCCUGAUGUGCAUGGCGACUAUGUGCUGGCCUCACUCUUUUCCCAACAAAAAAUCCUUUCCUAAUUUGCACGGAAUUUUAUACCACAUUAUGUGCCUUGCCUUUGAGAAAAAAUGUUUAAAAAAAGAACAAAAAAAAAAUCCUUGGUAUCACUGCACAAAUUUUUGGCUGCAUGUGUGGUUGCUUGUCAUUAAGAAAAAUAUCAUUGGUAAAAAUGUAAGGAUUUAUGAUUUUUGCUUCAUAGGACAUUGUAACGGCACUAAUUAUCAGUAUUCCAGUGAUUCUGUGGAUUUUCAUAUAGAAUAUAUUCACCUUGCAGUCAUGUAGGAACAUUGCUUUUCAACAUUAUUUGUCACUAAUAUUUUAAUGAAAGAGUUCCCCUUUUAUUUCUCCCUAGUUGCGUCUUCCAGCUCCUAUUGGUUUGACUCUUUGGAAAAUAUGCAAUACCAGUCUUGUAGACAUAGAGCAUGUAGCUUGUUUUAAUCACUCUGAGUUAGCACACAUAACUACAACGUUUCUAGAUUUUUAAUUUUAAUUUUAUUUUAAUUGACCAAAGUUGGUGCUGCUCUCUAUACAGAAAGAAAGAUAGGUCCUUCUCCUGUGACAAGUAAAGACUAAUCCAUGAUUAAGGAGGAUGAACAUGGGAGGGGAAAAUGUAUAUUUACAGUGAGGCUGUGAAGCACUAUCAAUGAAAGAAUAUUUUCUUGUGUCCUGGUGGUUCAAAUGAUGAACUCAGAAAAACAAUUACCUUAAUUAGAGCCACUUGGGCAGGCUAUUAGCAAUCGUAGUGUGUAUAUCAGGCCCAACAUUUCGGCCAAGUGUGGGUCAAGUGUUUAAACCCCAUAAUACCUACUGGGGCAUAGUCCACCAACAGCAGCUUGCCAGAGACUUCUAUCCUGGGCCAGCCUUUUAAGUUGUCCCCAGGAGUAGCCCAUCUUUGAAGACCCUUCCUCUCACGGGGAAGAGGUCUUUGUAGUUUCUAUUGGCGUUCCUGCAGCUCUAGGCGUUUACGGGAUGGGGUUUUUCUAGCCCCAUGCCCAAUCUUCCUCCAUUCACAGCCGUGCUUGGGACCGUCCAUGGCGGAGUUUUUAAACAUUGAUUUAAUUAAUAAUCACUUACAAUCAUAUAUGUUGCUUUAGAAAGGUAAGAUCUCAGCAGUGUAUCAAUCCCUUUUUUAAUCUGAGGACGAAGUUCUUCAGUGUGGCUCUUUUUGAAAAGUUGUUGGCCUGCGUUACUUGGUGGCAUAGCUGCUGUUGUCCAUCUGUACCUAAAUCUGAUUUGAGCAGGAAACGGUCCCAUCAAUACAUGGGACCGACUAUCCCACCAGACCUAAGUGCUUCACAGCUUCGACUGUCAACUGUCCUGAGCUUUUAAGGAAAAGCUGCAUAUCAGAAUUGGAAAAACCAUGAAUUAAGGUUGUACAUAAAAACUGAAAAAUCGUAACUUAAAGCAAUAGUUGUGGAGUGUCAGUUUGGUAUGGUGGUGUUCAACACAAAAAGCCACCUGUACAAGGUGGAAUGAUAAGUGAUACCAAAUCACAUACAGCUCUGCUUUAAGACCCUACUAAUGUCUCGGAGCUUUAAUAAAUUGCAUUUGAUUGACACUUGGUAUGCUAGCCAAGAUGCUGAACAAGGAGGACAAGAACUAGGGCAUCGCCAGUAGGUUCAAUCCUUGUCACAUCUUUGUCUUGGACGUUAGCUGCCUUCCUUGCAGACUGUGUAAUUUGUAAGCUGUAUAGUUUUAUUAAGUAUGUUUUCCUUAAUCUACCCUAUUUUAUAAAGGCAAAGACUUUUGUAAUGAGAAAAGUACAAAAAAAAGUUUCAUUACACUGGCUUAUUAAGAAAGUUCAGCAUUAUAUACCAUUUGUAGAGUAUUCUUCCUCCAUGGGUACUGGAUAUGAGUUAAACUCACCUGUUACCCUUACUGUAUUUAAAUACAGUAAUUCUCCUCAUUUUUAUGGUUUUGCGUAUUCCUAUACUUUAGAAGUAUAGACUUCUGGUGUAAAAGAGCCAUUGUAAAUGGAAAAAAAUGCUUUAUUUUAUGAAGAGUAAUUAUGUCAAACUUGUAAGAAACACUUGGAAUUUUGAGAAGGAAUGUCGUCAUUGUAGUCUUUUUGACUGCUUAAAAAAAGUCUGUAGACUUUCAAGUGCUGAACUGGUGAGAGUAGAACAGAUUACCUGUACUCUUUGUAGGGCGAGGGAGCCCAACAAAUUGUUGUAUGCAAUGUACAGUAUUGUUUGUGCGAAGGACGAUGCAAAGCUGGUAGCUAGUUUAUUUUUAAGGCAGGACAGAAAACAUGUUUACGUGUAUUUAAAUUUUUGGCAAUGGCUGACCGCGUGCUCCGUGAAAUCCUUGUACUCGAGAAUUCUCCUCCAUCCAUCAGCUUCAAGCAGGAUAGAAUGCUGCCACAAUCAAACAUGUGACCUUUUUUAUUAUUCCUACAGGGGUUCUGAGUUGGGUGAUGACUUUUGUUGUUGUUUGUAAAGCGAACGCUGUCAAUUGUGAAAGUUCUGGAGGGUCAGGUCUAUGUGCAGACUGACAGUGAUCUUUAAUCCUUUGUAAUGUGUUUCCACGCUUCUAUGUUUAAGAAUUCCUUCCCGAUUUUUAUUGCCCUAAUUUUGGGGAUUAAUCCUCCUUCAGAAUUCCAGUCAGUUUUCCAGUUUAUUGAGAGCUUGUAUCCAGUCCAAAAUAUGAGUCAGCCCUUCCACUCUUCCAAGCAAAACAAAAUCUCCCGAUAACACACACACACACACGCACACACACACACACACACACACACACACACACACACACGCACACACGCACACAUGCACACACGCACACACACACACACACCACACACAAAACACACAAAAUGCUGGAGGAACUCAGCAGAUCAGGCAGCUUCUACAGAGAGGAGUAAAGAGUUAUUGUUUCAGACCGAGACCCCUUAUCAGAACGUCCUUCAACUUGACUCAACUAUCCUCCUUGCUACCUCCUCAGAAAAUCUAAGCAAUUCAAGUCAGCCAUGAUUUUCCUCCACUCCCCCCUCCCCGCACCUUUCUAUUCUGCCUCCUAUCCCCAUCCCUUCCAGUCCUGAUGAAGGGUGUCAUCCCGAAACGUCGACACUUUAUUCCUCUCCAGAAAUGCUGCCUGACAGAGCGGCACGGUGGCAUAGUGGUUAGCACAGCGUUUUACAGAACAAGUGACGCAGUUCAGUUUCCCCUGCUGCCUGUAAGGAGAUUGUACGCUCUCCCCGUGACCACGUGGGUUUCCUCUGGGUGCUCCGGUUUCCUCCCACAGUCCAAAGACGUACCAGUUGGGAGGUUAAUUGGUCAUUGUAAAUUGUCCCGUUGUAGGCUAGGAUUAAAUCAGGGAAUUGCUGGGCGGUGUGGCUCGAAGGGCCAGAAGGACCUAUUCCGCAGUGUAUCUUAAUAAUAAAAUUUAAAACAAAAUAAAACCUGCUGAAUUCCUCCAGCAUUUUAUGUGUGUUGCUCCGGAUUUCCAGUAUCUGCAGAACCUCUUGUGUUUAUAUCUCUUGAAACAUCCAGUUUCCAAAUCACAGGUUUGAAAGUUUCCAUCGAAGAUAUCCUAGCCUGUUACUUCCUCUACAUUCCCUCUAUAAAAGUGUUUUAAAAUCAAAAUGAGUAUUGCUGUUCGAAACCUAUUCUUAAUUUCAAAGAGACUUUAUUCAUACAUUUCCAAUCAUCUUUUUAUAAUCCCUGUUCUUCUCCAGUGAACCUGAGUGUCUUGUAAACCUCAAACAAACAAGAUGAUGUAGGAACUCAAAGGGUCAGCAUUUCAAGUCAAGACUUUUCAUCUGGAGCAAAUGGACUCUGGACGAAGGGUCUUAACCGGAAAUGUCGACUGUCCAUUUCCUUCCACAGAUGCUGCCUGAUCUGCUGAGUUCUUCCACCAUUUUGUUUGUUGUUUCAGACUCCAUCAUCUGCAGUUUUUUUGUGUCUCCAUGUACAAUUAUAGUCCAAAAUACUUUGUUUGCUUUGACUUGAUUUGAUAAGAAGUGGAGCACCAAUUACAAUGAAUCCCUUCCUCCAGACCGUUGUCUCACAAAUCUGGAAGGUGUCAAUAACUUUGGAAACCACCGUCUGUUAGCCCUGUUUGAACAAAGAGCAUUGCUCUAAUAUUAUUUCUAGUUGGUUCUAACCACUUUCAGUUGAACUCCUGCCCAUUCAAAGCUCUCAGGGAUGCAGUGACUGGCUGCCCUCUCCUCUACUCAUCAGCUUCUCUCUCAGUCUGCAUAGUAAAGACCCGAACUGCAAAGAAGGCACAUGCUUUGUGCCACGGCAGCCAUUCAGAAACUAACAAAACUCAUUUCCCUCCUCAAACCCUGGAUAAAUUUGCACUGUUCCACAUCUUUCACCCUUUCCGUUUCUGCAAUAACUCAAGACAGGGACUGGAACGGAACAAGCUGCCAUUUACAUUGUCGGUAGUCACCGCAUUAGUCAAAUCAACACCAUUCUUAGGCCUAUGCCACAGAUAUUUUUUUUUCUCUCAAAGGUUUUAUCUAACCCCCUGCAAAAUGUGCUAGUUGUUUCAGUUAGCCUGAAGGGAAUAUGCAAAAUUCCAUCACAAUCUCCAGCUCUUUAUGAUCUCUUGUGCACCUCCUUUGCAGUGAAGCGCCAUGACACACAUUCAACGGCCAGAUUACAUUUUGUAGAAGGCAGUAGAUAUACUGAUAUUGUUCUUUCACAUACACAUCUAAACAUCUGUACCUACAUCUCUGGAAGUCUCAUUGAAAGACGGGAAACGUCGGACCAAUGAGGUGACUCAAAGCCACCUGUCAAUUGCAGAGGCAUUUUAUUCAGACUGUGCAAAAAAAACUCUAAACUUGAAAGGAAGUUUGUGAAGGGUUUUGUCACCUUGCUGGGUGUAAAACGCAUUUUUUUCAGGCUGGUUUGGCAAACUCAGUUUUCCAUCUUUGACAAUCAGGUUUAGAGAGCAGUUAAUUCCUCAACCUUUUUUACAUGGACAGUGAGCAGUGAUCGGGGUCUGUCUAUUGGGAGACUCGGCGUGGGGCUGGGUCCAGCAUUAACUGGACUCGUCACGCUAGAUUCAUUUCCUUCUAAAAUUACCUCAUGUUAGUCAAUUCCUGUCCACAUCAUUAUCCACUCUAAGACAUUUCCAGAAAAACAAUGCUUUAUCCAUUUACUUUCUCCCAUGAAUCUCACGAAUCAGUCACAAACUUUUGAUUACAUUUUGGUUACUAAAAUAUUGAAAUCAUUUUGCAGUUUCACUUAAAUAUUCCACAUCCAAUAAUGAAAGAAUUGAAAAUCAAAUAUUCUACAUCCAUUCUUGAACCUAAAUCCUAUUGUUGAAGAUGCAUCAUUAUGAUAAUUAUUUUGCAUUUAAUAAUAACUCCAUUACUUAUUCAACAUUGUGAGGCUUACUAUUGUCAGAGUGAUAAUUCAGUCAGCAAAGUGGUUGAAUUAUUCUGUGCAAUUCACAAUGAACCUAGUACAUAACCUCUAUUAACUGUAAAUUAAAAGCAAUAUAAGACCUAAGACAUGAGAACAAAACUAAGCCACUCAGCCCAUCGAGCCUGCUUCGCUAUUCUAUAAUGGCUGAUUAAUUAACCCACUCAAGCCCAUUCUCUUGCCUUCUCCUUGUAACAUUUGGCACCCAAUGACUUGGCCUCCACACCUGUCUGUGCAAUGAAUUCUACAGAUUCACCACCAUCUGGCUAAAGAAAUUCCUCCCUAUCUCUGGUCUAAGUGGAUGUCUCUCUCUUCAGAGGCUGUGCCCUCUGGUCCUAGACCCGCCUACUAUAGGAAACACCCUCUCCACGUCCAUUCGAUCUGGGCUUUUCAAUAUUCAAUAGAUUUCAUGAGAUCCUCUCUCAUUCUUUUAAACUCCAGUGGGUACCGGCUCGGAGUUACCAAACGCUCCACAUACAUUAACUCUUUCAUUCCUGGAGUAAGUUUAAUUGGACUGUUAAAACCCAAUUUUAUUUGGACCCACCCACGGAUAAAGCCCUAAUUCAGCUACAGUGCCCGAACCCAGCAGCUCCAUGUAAACAAGGUUAUACUUGGCAUGCUUUGUUCAAAUUACACCGAACUUUAUUGUAUAAAAUAGCAGGAAAAUAGGCAAAAGAUCCAGCAAAGCAGCUCAUUUUCCUACCACACGUGGUUCUGUAGGGAGUGAUCUGCUGAUCAGCAUGACAACAGCAUAACGACUGGGGUCCAUGUUGACGUGCUUGUAUAGAGAGCAAUGGUCAGCAGAGCUGUUGCAUUAUCCUCUACAAUUAUUUAUAACCAUUUUAACAAGCCAGCGGGAAAAAAAGAGUACCAAAAAACAUUUUUAAUAAAUGCAGUGCCUGAUAAUCGACUGCUGAAUUCAAUUUUGCUUUGCAAAGCCUGAGUUUAUCAGUCCUUUUUUUAAGAUUCGUCGUCACGCAGUCUCUAUUGCAAAUGUCCUUUCAACAUCACUGUCGUGAGUCCAUGUGCGUUACUUUCCGGGAAGAGAUCAUUUCUCUGAGAACAUGCUGAGACCAUGUUAUUUCUGAGGGUUUUUCAUUAUAUUUUAGAGUAUUACAGUAGUUAAUCAAUAAACGCUUGCUUACUGCACAGACAUAAACACACUACACACCAGAUCAAACGUGUGGUUCUUUGGUUGCUCGAUGCAAAGUUCUGACAAAGUAUAUCUUCUUCACCACAGUACAUUGAUUCCAGCAACACAAAAGAAAACCUUUUUAUUUUGAUUGUACUUGCCUAUUAAUCCUUAGCUAAGUAUGUAAAGGGACAAAGUGAAAGAGCAGUGCUGUUGCUGCUCACGUGCACAGAUGUACAGAAUAUCUGCAACUAAAGCACCACUCGUUUCAAGCUGGUGUGAACUCAGCUUCAAAUUUGAUUAUAACCAUUGUAUUUUGCCAUUGCUGUUCGCAGCUGCUCAUACUACAUACAGUUACUGGAAGUGAAUAUGUUUCCCUAUGCAAAAAAAAAGUUAAAAAAAAUAAACAAGCUAUGCUAUA